ACAACCUAUAAAUAAUUAGUCGGAAUUUUUUAAAAGAUCAGCGGUCCCUUCAUAUGUACCUCGCAGACCGCCGUAGUGUGAUGUGGGCGCAGUCCAGUUCAUUGAAAACAUGGCAGCUGCGUGGACUGAAGGAACACAACUCUUCACUCGUUGCAAAGGCAGUAACUGGGCCCUUCAGGUUUAUUCUGCACUACCUUUGGUACAGCCCCUCCAGUUCAACUCUGCCACCUGGACUGGUUCGCCUUGCAACCAAACAAUUGAACUGGCAGUUGGUGCUGGCAAGUAAUGGGAAGCUCCUGGCUGUGGUUCAGGACCAAUGCGUGGGAAUUAGGUCAGCUAGAGAUGACUUUGGAUCCAUCAUAUUUCCUAUGCCAAGGUACAGUAAACAUUUAGUUUUUUAGUUAUGCCAGGCCAUUUCCCCAGAUUUUUAACAACAUUAUUUACAUAAAACAGAAUGUUUCUGUGA